GUACGGGGAGGCGCGGCAGGCGCCCUUGCGCAGGGUCAGCCACGGCACCACUGGGGAAGUGUGUGACUGGGUAUUGCAGAGGUGCGGCCUGGCGCAGCGACUAGCACAGGAGAGGUAUGGUAGAUGGUGAUACACGCACUGGGGGGCUGCGCCCUAGCGCAGCGUCUGCAGGAUCGUCUGGCGCCGCGUCGCCUUGACGCGGCUGCGCCCGCCGCUGCGCUUCUCGAGCGCCGCCUGCGUCUUGCGCGCGUGCCACUCGCACAGGCGCCGCUCGCCGAUGAUGAAGAAGUCGUCGAGCGCCUCGGCACAGAACUCGCCGUCGUCGCCUUCGUACUGCAAAGGAGGGGUCAGCACGGCAGCCGCAGGCCUUGGACACAACACCACCACGCACCUGGCACGUCAGACAGCGCGGGUGGUAGCGCUCGCCGGCCUCGGUCUGCCGGCACUGGCCCUCGAUGCCGUCGCCGCAGCCGUGGCAGAGCGUGCCGUUGAGCGUGUGGUAGUGGCGCGCGCAGUACGGCGCAUUCUCAAAGACGUAGAACGUGCCGUCGGCAAAGACGGCGUCGCACUGGAAGCAGCAGAAGCACGCGCGGUGGAAGAUGCCGCGCAGCGCGCCGUCCGAGCUCUUCACCGCCUGCCGCUCGACGGGCUUGGUGCACUUGCGGCACUUGGGCAGGUACAGCUCGGCAUAGUCGGCCGCGCACAGCAGGCGGCCGUCGCGCUCGACGAACGGCGUCUUGCUCUUGCUCAGCGAGCACAGGCACACGCUGCACAGGCGCUGCAGCUUCUCCUUGCGCCGCCGCUGCUCGGAGGCCAGCGCGCCCGUGUCGAGCUGCAGCGCCGACGGCCGGCUGCGUGCGUCGGCGGCGCCGGUGCGCUCGCGCGAGCGCUCGCGCUGCCCGCCGCGCUUGACGGGCACGCUCGGCUCCUCGGCGACGAGCCCGGCCAUCAGGUCCUCGAUGCCUCCGAGGUCGAUCUCGGGGCGCCGGCCGAGCAUCGGCGAGCUCUUCGUCGGGCUCGUGCGCAGCUUCGACGCCGGCUCCCUGUCGCGCGCCUCGCGGUCGCUGAAGCGCCCGUAGCUCGAGCUCGGCGUCAUGGCCGUGCCGCCGGGCGAGCGCGACGCCUUGGCGCCGUCGCGGCUCGUGCCGAGCAGCGAGCUGCACACCGACGAGACGGACGACGAGGCGCUGGGCGUGUCGCGCUUGUGGCUGCAGUCGGAGCUGCACGAGUCCGUGUCGAGCGGCAAGGGCGUCUUGGUCGGGCUGCGCGCGACGGCGCCGGUCUGCAGCCGCAGCGCAGCGGCGACAGCCGUGGCUGUGCGGCCCGCGCCGCCGUUGCGUGCGGCUUGUCGCUGCGCCUCAAUGUGCCGCUUGCGGUCCGCCACGAUGAGUGCUUGUGCUGCAGCUGCCGCGGCUGCCGCAGUGUCUUCCUCGUGCGGCGUUGCGAGCGGCGACGUGUUCGCUCGGCGGCGCUCCUCGACGGUGCGCGGCGAGGGAAGCUCGUCGCGCGAGCGCGAGCGCGAGGCGGCGCUGAAGUUCGCCUCCGGCAGCGCCGGACUGCGCGGGUCGGCCUUGGGCUCGAGCUUGGCGUAGCGGUCAAAGAAGGGCGAGCGGGAGCGCUCCUCCGUCGGGCUCUCGAUGAGCGGCGUGUUGAGGCCGGAGCACGGCGGCAGCGGCGAGCUGAGGACAGAGCCCGGCGGCAGCGGCGAGCGCGGCGAGAGGGCGCCGUCGUCGAGUCUGGCGUGGCACGUGUGCGCCACGAGGUCCUCAAACGCCAGCGACUCGCCGCAGUCGGCGCACUUGGCCUUGGGCAGCGGCUCGUACGUCGUGGCGCGCACCAUGGAGCGGCGGCCGCCCUGUGCGCCGCGCGGCACCGGCGGCGGCGAGGGCGGCCGCGGCGCCAGCAGCUUGCUGGCACGCAGGCCGUGGUUCUCGACGCCGUCGAGGCUGACGUCGAGCAGGUCGAGGCCGUCGCCGCCGUACUGCGUGUAGCGCGACGUCUUGGGCUUGCUGGCGCGCAGCGUCACGUCGGCCUCGUCGUCGCCGUCGAGCUCCUCGGCGCUGUCGGCCUCCUCAAAGUCGUCCUCGUAGAUCGUCUCGCGCGGCGCACGCGAGGCGGCAAUGCCCAGGCCGAUGCCGAGGCUCUUGGAGGAGCACGAGCUGGGCACCGUGUCCGACGAGCCCGAGCGGUUGAGUGUGCGCGACGAGCCCGAGCUGCUCGACGAGUCGAGGCUGCCCGACGCCUGCGAGCGCCGCUCCGUGCCGCUCUCGCGCUCGCUGCUGUAUGCCAGGUGUGCGCUCGACGUCGCGACGGAGUCGAGCGUGUCGGACCGCACCGGCGGCACACGGGCUGCGGCAUGCGUGCCCGACUCGCGGUUCGCAUCGUACGCCGCCACGGCCGCCGCGUUGCGAGCCCAUGCGUCGUUGCUCGAGAGCACGGACCAGGACUCGUUGCGCUGCAGCGCCGCUGGCGACGGUGCCGGCGCCUCGGUGCGGCGCUGGCGCUCGUCCGCUGCCCGCCGCCGCUCGUCGCUCUCAGCUCGUUGCCGGCGCUCGGCGUCUUCGGCCCUUUGCCGGCGCUGAUCGUCUUCGGUCCUUUGCCGGCGCUGAUCGUCUUCGGCCCUUUGGCGGCGCUCCUCCUGCUCCUCUGUCCUCCGCCGCUCAGCGCGCUGCGCCUCGCGUCGCUGGCGCUCCGCCUCCUCGCGCUCCCAUUCGUCGCGCGCGCGCUCCUCGUCGGCGCGGCGCUGCUCGGCGGCCUGCCACGCGGCGUGCUCCUCCCAGCGCAUGCGUUCCUCCUCGUCGUACGCGCGCUUCUCCUCCUCGUAGCGCGCCAGCUCGCGCGCGUACUGGCGGCGCUCCCACUCGGCGUGCGCGGCGCGCUGGGCGUCGCGCUCGGCGUGGGCGCGUGCGGCGUCGGCGGCGCGGCGCUGCUUCUCGGCAAACUUGCGCGCGCCGAAGCCGGCGACGUUGCUGCCGCCCGGCUCGUCGACGACGGGCGACGCAUGCGCGGAGGCGAGGUACGGCGAGGCGGCGGCGGCGGCGUGCGGGCUGGCGUAGGCGCCAACGGGCGUCCGCGCGUAGUGCGCAGACAUGGCCGAGGGUGUGCGAUGCGGCAAGGGUGGUGUUGGUGGCGGAGAGGACGGUGCCGCUCAGGCCGCGCUGUCGCUGCUGGACACGCCCGUGUGACCGGACAAUCGGAGAAAAGGGCGCAGGCAGGCGGCCGUGCCGAACGGCGCAGGCAGGCGGCCGUGCCGAACGGCGGAGCCUUGCGGCAGGCGCCGAUGGCGGCGCUGGGCGGACUGGUGCGUGGGGAAGGCGAGGAGCUGCGCUGCUUGGCGGCGCCAGUGCUCCGAGCGGCAGGCGCGGCAGGCACGGAACGGCGGCGGCACGCGGCGGCGCGAGCCCUAAUCGGCCACACGCAAUGCAGGCAGGCACCAGACAGACGGCCCUGAUCGACGCUGCGCGGGUGCGGCGCAACGGAGGGCGAGGCCGGCCGAGCGGAGCGGGCAAGCAGCGGCGGCUGCGGCGCGGCGGCGUCGAGAGUCGGGAGGCCCGCGACGCGUGCACAGGCGCGCGAGAGCGGCAGCGACGGUGG